GCCGCCGGAGCAGAAGCCGCCCCGAGGACUCCUGCCCAGCGUUUUGCUCAGAAUGUUUGACGUCCACCAACGCUGAGGAGGCAAAAUGGGGUUUGCCUCCUAGCUCAAGGUAACACCCCCCCCUCUUCCUCCCGAAUCUUGAACCCACAUCUGUCGUGGCGGCCACGGAGAGUCGCCUCUGGGGGCGGAGCCCACCUCGGUCUCUCCUUCUUGGUCCUGGAUGGAAUUGCGGUGAAUGGAACAGAAGCCCAGCACGGUGGAGUGCCUGUCGGAGCCAGAGGACACCCGGUGGCCGGAUGGGAAACGUAAAAGAAAAAGCAGCCAAUGUUCGGUGAAAAGCAGUAUGUCAGGGUACAUCCCUAGCUACCUGGACAAAGAUGAACAGUGCGUUGUAUGUGGAGACAAAGCCACGGGGUACCACUACCGAUGUAUCACCUGCGAAGGUUGCAAGGGCUUUUUCCGACGGACCAUCCAGAAGAACCUGCACCCGACCUACUCCUGCAAGUACGAUGGCUCCUGUGUCAUCGACAAGAUCACCCGCAACCAGUGCCAGCUUUGCCGAUUCAAGAAGUGCAUUGCCGUUGGCAUGGCCAUGGACUUGGUGCUGGAUGACUCCAAGAGGGUAGCCAAGCGGAAACUGAUCGAAGAGAACCGGGAAAGGCGGCGCAAAGAGGAGAUGCUGAAAUCCCUUCAGCACCGGCCAGCGACAGCGGAGGAGUGGGAGCUGAUCCACAUCGCCACGGAGGCACACCGCAGCACCAAUGCCCAGGGCAGCCACUGGAAACAGAAGCGGAAAUUUCUGCCUGAAGACAUCGGUCAGUCACCAAUGGCCUCCAUGCCCGAUGGGGACAAAGUGGACUUGGAGGCGUUCAGUGAGUUUACCAAGAUCAUCACCCCCGCCAUCACCCGCGUGGUGGACUUUGCCAAAAAACUGCCCAUGUUUUCAGAGCUGCCUUGCGAGGACCAGAUCAUCCUGUUGAAGGGCUGCUGCAUGGAGAUCAUGUCGCUGCGAGCAGCCGUGCGCUAUGACCCCGAAAGCGAGACGCUGACGUUGAGCGGCGAGAUGGCCGUCAAGCGGGAACAGCUGAAGAACGGCGGUCUGGGCGUGGUGUCGGACGCCAUCUUUGACUUGGGCAAGUCCCUCUCUGCCUUCAACCUGGACGACACGGAAGUAGCACUGCUCCAGGCUGUGCUACUCAUGUCCUCAGACCGCAGUGGGCUGAUCUGCGUCGACAAGAUCGAGAAAUGCCAAGAGACCUACCUGUUGGCGUUUGAACACUACAUCAACUAUCGGAAACACAACAUUCCCCACUUCUGGCCCAAGCUGCUCAUGAAGGUGACCGACCUGCGCAUGAUCGGGGCUUGUCACGCCAGCCGCUUCCUGCAUAUGAAGGUGGAAUGCCCCACAGAGCUCUUUCCCCCGCUCUUUCUCGAGGUCUUCGAGGAUCAGGAAGUCUAGGGUGGGGGGAAGAGAGGGAGGGAGCAAACAGGGUGGCACGGGAGAAUCGGGGAGGCAGGCAAACCGGGACUGGGGCGACGUCUGGACUUGGGCUGCGGAGCCCCCACCUCAUCACUUCGGACACAGAUUUUCAAAAAGAAAAAAAAAGAAUUUUUUUUGUUCUGUUUUGUUGUUUUCAUUUUUUUUUUCUUUUCGUUUUUGUUUUUGUUUUGUUUUUUCUAAAAUAUUGCACGUCAGCAUCAGCGAAUCACACGGAAGCGGGAGGCAAGGCAUCGGUGAUAGGGGCUGGGACACCAAAAAGAAAGAAAGAAAGGAAAAAGGUUGAACUUCUACAAAAACUUUCCUUUACCAAGUAGACUUGUGCAGUAGCCAACGCUUUCGUCUAGGCAGACUUUAAAAAAAAACAGAAAAAUGGGCAAUAUGAUCUUCCUCCCUGCUUAUUUUACACCCACCAAUCCCCUUUUUUGUCCCGAAGUUGUCUUUCAGGGGUGAGACAAGUUGUCUU